UUUUAGUUUCGACGGGAGCGUGGAUGUUUGACUCGGGUUUGAGCGCAUUGAAACCUUGCUGCCCUCUCUUCUGGAUACGGGUCGUGGCAUUAUCACAACGUCAUAAAUGCAGCCGACUUCUGUUCGAUGAAACAAUAUUUUAGACCGAAGGCAAGGAUUAUAAACUUUACGUGAUGAACAGCGAAUUUAAAAAGGCCAUACAUUGCAGGCGUAUGGCGAACGAAAGUUCAAAAUAUUGCGAAGAUUACCUUCUCAGGAAAGAAGGACGAAACAAGUGGAUACAAUAUUGGGUUGUUAUUAGAGGCGUUUGGAUGUUGUUCUACAGAGAUCAAGCUACAACUAACCGAGAUAAUUUUAAAGGUUCCGUCGAACUAACGUCAUGCACAAAGUGCAACACAGCGAGAAGAGGAAAUUAUAGCUUUCCGUUCUUUGUCAUCACAGCGAGAGGAACACAUCUCUUCAAGUGCGACACUAAUUUAAAACGCCACCAAUGGAUGUACCUCAUUGGCUUGGCAGCGAAGGGUGAUACGCCGGCUCCACCUCCCUUAGCUGUCCCUUCCCCGCUUUCUUCAUCUACGGAAUUAAACUCUCAUGACGCCGAGGUUAAUCACGCAGAGAUAUGCAGGCAGAACUCUGAGUCAGAUGAAGACGAUCUCUCUAUUCCACCGGGUGUGAUUCUUGUCACUACGCCCAUGGAAGAAUUGUCUCACGACGAGAAAACAUCAAAUGGACACACCAGCGCCAUUCAAGGUCAAGUACAACAUGAUAACCUCAGCAAAGCUGUGCUAACGACAGGAAUCACUGGAGCAACGCGUGUCGUCAGAGAACCGUCCUCUACCAAAGCUUCUGCGCCUCAACCCGUUACUCGUCCUUUUCAGUCAACAACAGGUGUGUCACCAUGUCAGCAGAAGUAUUUUCCUAUUGGCCUUAGUCCUCCCUCCGCCAUUUCAUGGGGUCGAAGUAGUCCCGAUCGGCCAAGCAGCAGUCCCAGUCUUAAUCACACGCGAAGGCAUUUAGGGACUAAACAGUUGGCAAGAUCGCCGCUCACUAACAACAGAUUUUCACGAUACAUGGCAAAGUCUGUACCUGAUAUGAAAAUUUUAUCACUGGAGGAUCCAAGCUGAAAUAGAGAGAGUGAAUUUUUUAUCGUGGUGCAAAUUGUAAAAUGGCUCAAAAUUUCGAUUAUUUACGCGAAUUGCUAAAAGCAAACCACGAUUUACAUUUGAGUGAAUUAGUAUUUUAAGCUAAUACAAAACUUGUUGCCAUUUCUGUCACGUAUAAGUUCAGGGCUCCCAAUUUUGGCAGUAACAAUUUAGGGUGGAACAUGCAGAGAAAGAGAGCAAACUAACAAACAAUUUUCUCUAAAGUUGGAGAAGUGUUGCGAUUUUGUGCGAAGUAAACAAACCAAAGAAAUCGUUUCAUAGCAUAACCAAAGCCAAAAGGUAUGACUUGCGGCACAAUGCGCGGGAAAAGCACUGUAACAUACGCCAAGCGUGGAAAAUUGUCAUGCUCUAAUUGUUUACAGUAAGUUAGAUGACGUGUGGAACCAAUCAGAUACUACGCAAUGCAGUAAGAGAUCUACCUUCAGACAAAUACAACUUGAACUAUAUUGGUCAGUAAUGGUAGAAUUUAACGUUUAAGAAACGCAAUUAAAUUCUCUGCUCAUAAAGUUAGAGUUGCUUCGUGCAGCUAUUAGUUUGGCUGCGAUGCAAAGGAGAGGCGUUUUAUCGUUUACAAAAUUAGUCAAACAAUGUAAGUAAUGUAUUUAAAUUUAUUUAUACAUUUAGAAUGCUAGAUUCAGCAUUAUAAAAAGGUGUUAAGUUCAAAAAAUAAGUUAACUUUUCUUAGAAACUUUUCACGUUGAUGGGACAGAAAUAUGGUGAAUAAAAGUGUUGUU